AUGACUGGACAUAGUAAUUCAAUUUUAUCAUGUAAAUUUUCACAAGAUUCAAGUAAAUUAGGUUCAUGUAGUGGAGAUCAUACAGUUAGAGUAUGGGAUUUAAAUACAUGUACUCCAAUUUGUACAUUAAAAGGACAUGGAGAUUGGGUAUUAAAUUUAGAUUGGCAUUAUGGAAAUAAAUUAAUUGCAAGUGGUGAUAAACUUGGAAAAGUAAUUGUUUGGGAAUUAAAUGAAAAUGGAACAAAUGGAAAACAACUAUGGUCAUAUUGUCAUAAAAAUUUUAUCAGUGAUAUUCAAUGGAAACCUGAAGUAUUUGGUGAUUCUGCUAUUUUUGCAUCUUCAUCACGUGAUAUGUCAAGUAAAAUUUAUGAUGCUAGAAGAGGUGAAGUUAUUCGAACACUUGGAGGACAUACUCAAGGAGUAACUAGUAUACGAUGGAGUGGAAAUGAAAAUAUAUUAUAUACAUCAUCAAGAGAUAGAUUGAUUAAUAUCUAUGAUAUGAGACAAGCAAAUCCAAUUCAUGUAUUAAAAGGUCAUUCUCAUUGGAUUAAUAGUAUUAGUACUUCUACUGAAUAUGUACUUAGACAAGGAGGUUAUGAUCCAUUAGAAAAAGAUAAAGGAAUUGAUGGUGCAAAAAAAAGAUUAAAUAAAAUAAUAGGAUGUGGUGGUGGUGAACGAUUAGUUUCUGCAAGUGAUGAUGGAACAUUAUAUAUGUGGAUGCCAUUACAAUCACAAAAACCAAUCCAUAGACUUGUUGGACAUUCAAGUCAAGUUAUGUCUUGCAAAUUCUCCCCUGAUAGUAGAAUUAUAGCAAGUACUGGAUGUGAUAAAAAUAUGAGAAUUUGGGAUGGAUUUACUGGAUCUUGUUUACAUACAUAUAGAGGACAUGUCCAAACAAUUUAUGGCUGUGCAUGGUCUCCAGAUAGUAGAAUGCUUGUAAGUGCAAGUAAAGAUAGUACAGUCAAAUUAUGGAAUGUUGUUCCAGGAUGUCGUAAAUUAAUGACAAAUCUACCAGGUCAUUUGGAUGAAGUCUUUUCUAUUGAUUGGUCACUUGAUGGUAGUUCUGUAGCAACAGCAUCUUAUGAUCAUACUAUUAAAAUCUGGAGAUAUUAA